AUGGUAUCAAUUAUAUUAGCAAGUCUCUUUGUAAUCACUAUUAUUCUGAUUUAUAUCUAUUUGAAAAGAGAUUAUUCUCCAUCAUCGGAUGAUUUACCAGGUGUGAAACCACAUAUUUUUUUUGGUAAUCUUAUUAAUUCUGGUAUAGUAUCGAAAGCAUCAACUUUUCGUGAAGUAAUGCUCGAUUAUCAACAUCGUUUUGGUGAUAAAUUUCAAUUUUGGUUUGGAUCACAUCGAUAUUUCAAUCUUCUUUGUUCAAAUGGUAUUAUAAUGUUGACUGGUGCUCGAUGGAAACGACAUAUACGAGUUCUAUUACCGAUGUUUAAACGAACAAAAAUCAUUGGUCACUUGGAAACAAUUGUUGAAUGUGCUGAUCGUUUUAUUGAUCAAAAUCUUCAUUCUGAUCAAAUUCAUCGAGAUUUGAUUUCAUGUUGUCAAUCAUUUACAAUAAAUGUCAUUGGAUUCAUUGGAUUCGACUAUGAUUUCGAUAUUCAUGUUAAUUUAUCAAUAAAAAAAGCUUUUCAAGAUUUUAUUUUCUAUGCUAAAUUUCUAAUAAUUGCAUCAUGGAUACCUCGAUGGUUAAAGAAAAUCUAUUUGAAAUAUGAUUCGAAAUAUCAACAAGCUUAUCGAUUGAUUCAUGAAUUAGCAGAAAAACUUGUCGAAGAAGAACAAAAUAAUAGGGAAAAUGAAGGACCAAAAAAUCUGAUUGCUUUAUUAGUCUCAUCAUUGAAUGAACAAGCUAAUGAUGAACAUACUUCAUCUGGUCUAACACGUUCAGAAAUAUUUGAUGAAAUUUUAGUAAUGAUUUUAGCUGCUUAUGAAACAACAUCAGCUGCUAUAGCAUGGUUUAUAUUCUUUGUAAGUAAACAUCCUCAAAUACAACAACGAAUGAAAGAUGAAUUACGUGAACAUCAUCUUCUGAUGACUGAUGAUCUUAGAGGUAAACCACCAGCUACGUCAGACAAUUUAACUUCAUUAAUCUAUUGUGAAUGUGUAACAAAAGAGGUCUUACGUUUAGCUCCUAUUGCUGGACUUAUAAUACGUAGAGCUACUUGUGAUACUAAUACUGAUGAUGUGAAAAUUCAUCGUGGUCAAACUAUUUUUAUUCCUUUACAAAAUAUUCAUACUGAUACUCGCUAUUGGCAUCAUGCUGAUCCUCGACAAUUUAUACCGGAAAGAUUUUUAGCUGAAGAUCAAAAUCAUCAUCCAUUAACGAUGAUUCCAUUUGGCGGUGGACAUCGAGCAUGUAUUGGACAAGAAUUAGCUUGGCUAGAAUUAAAAACAAUUAUUGUUCGAAUGAUGCAACGUAAUAUUACAUUUGAAGAUACAUCGGAAAAUACCGGCGGUUAUGACGAACGUAUUGCAUGUUUUCCAAAAAAUUUGGCAGUACAUGUGCGCUUCGAUAGACCUUAA